GGAUUCAUUAAAAGUUUCAGAACAGUUUUGUGUCUUUUUGUAAUUUCCGUAGUUAUGUUCCGAUAAUUCCUCCAGAAAUAAUGCAUUGCUACAACAUUCCAACGAUCGAUCCGGAUCUGCGCCACGAAGAAACCAUUCUGCAGGCGAUCAAUGUGUUUGAAUUUCUGAAUCAGGUGAUUGAUGAUGUUUUCGGAAAGGUCAAUGCAAGAAUCGAAACGAACCGCACCCGGCUCGAUAAGAUAAACGGCCGCAUCGAAAAGGUCAACGAGGAUGUGGCCAAACUGCGCGAGACGAAAGAGGCUAUUGUGAUCUACUCGCCGUGUCGAUAUCCGGCAGCGGAUCUGGAUGUGACGGUUCUGCCGACGUUUACUCCUUCGAAUGGCAUCCGGAUGAAGGAAAACGACUUUGUGCUGCAGGACAGGACGUACGUUCCGACGCAUUCGUACCAGGAGAAGAUUCAGUUUUAUCACGUCAAGAGUUCUACGGAUCGACAUCGGAUUUAUUCGUUUGAUGGGACAUCUCAGGAGAGCCGAAACGUUCAUGAAGGAAUCCAGUUUUUGGACUCAAUUUUGCUGUUUAACAGCAAGGAUUUUGCCAUAGAUUGCUCCGGGGCUGUCGAUCAGUCAAGAUCGAGCAAAAAAUCCGGCGCAAGUCGCAUUCGUGAGGAAAAGAUCCUCUCGGCUUCGUCUCCAAUCAUCCGCAAUCGUUCCCGCCGAAAGGGACAGGAAAUAUUUUACACGCCUUCGUUGAACGAUGCCCCGAAAAUUGAUGUUCCCGUAGAUUUGCCAGACCUGCCGGGAAUCGUCACAAACAUUCAGUACGCUGGGAACAACACCCUGAUCGGUCCGUCUCUUCAACUGGCCCAAAUCGCCGAUCAGCUUCCGGAACUGGACACUUUGGUGGCGACCGAAGCUAAGGAAAAACCUCUCCAGAAUGUUCCGCUACCAUCAGUCCCCCUCCCCACUCCGAUCGUCAACAGUCCAACAGUUUCCGCAGUCGCUGCUGCACCGCCACCACCUCCUCCGCCUCCGCCACCACCCCCGCCACCGGAAAUGCUUGUCAGGAAGGACGACGAAAGUGAUGGGGCAACGCGCCCCGUGAAGAAGGAACCGAAGACACCGGUUCCACCGACGACGCCGACCCCCGUCGAUGCGCACUUUAAUCUGAUGGAGGCGAUUCGGAAUGCUGGCGGCGUGCAGAAAGCUAAACUGAAACACAGCGAGCCCAAGCAGGGCCGGACGGAUUCGACCAAACCUUCUGCUGCUACUUCUGGCGGUCCCCAGAACUUCAUCGACGAUCUGCACAGCAAGCUGCAGAUGCGCCGCAAGGGCAUCUCCGGCGCCCGCGAGAACCCGGACCAGCCGGGCAACGUCAUUGACCGCCUUUCGGCGCUGAUUCCUCCACCCCCACCCAAAAUGGACGCCAGCGCCAGCGAGAGCAACGACGAGGAGGAUUGGGAUUGAACAAGUGCAUUUACGAUUUUUGUUUGUUUUUUUUUUCGUGUUACAGUUCUUUAUUUUUUACGCAAAAUUGUUACUGAUUACAGUGUGUUUGUGUGUAUGUGAUUGGGAAAUUAUAUAUCAUUCGUCAAUUCGGUUACACACGUUUGUUAGAGGAAAAUAUAAUAAACCUACACUUUAUUUUACGCGUU